GGCGCGGACUCCAAGACUCCAAGACUCGGCACUGCGGACGGCACGCCGCGCUUCGGCAUAAUUGGACACUAGAACGAUAAGGUGAAGACGCGCCACUCUCACACACAGACAAGCACUCACACCCACACACACACACACGCAUCCACACACUCAUACAGCACCCAGCGCGGCGGCGGCAGCAGCGCUGGAAGGCGGCGGCGCGGCGGCGUCGAAAGCCCUGUAUAAAUAUUGCGCGGUCGCGUGCAGCCGCUUUAGUAUCGUGGUGGGGCUCGGGCGGUGCGGUGCGGCCGGUUGUGUUGUGUUGCCUUCAGUCUGCGUGCGCGUCCAGUGUGAUAACAAGUGAACGUCGUGCGCGGUGUCUUCGCCAGCCUUCCGUCAGCAUGGCGCCUCUGACGGCCCUCCUGGUGGCCGUGGCCAUGGCGGCCUGCACCUCGGCGAUGCCCGCGGACCCACUGCCGUCCCUGCAGCACGACACAGACGUGGUGCGCCUGGCGCCGCCCAACCGCCGCAUGUUCCUGGUGGACGUCAUCCGGCCGCCGCUGCCCACGCCCGACGCCGUGCUCACCAACGAGGUGGACACCUCGGCCGACAGCGACCUGCCGCGCCUGGUGCGCGUGCUGGUGUCCGCGCCGGCGGAGGAGGCCCAGCAGGCCCAGUCGGCGGAGGCCCGACCGGACGCGCCGCCCUCGAAGGCCGACGACGAUGACUACCUGCCGCGACCAGCGCCGGCUGAUGGCGUCGUGGGCCUUGACGUGGACACAGAGGCGCUCACGAGGCUGCUGCCGCCCGCCGAGGACCAGCAGCCCUCGGCCGCGGACUGGGGCGCGGCCCCCGAGGACCUGGAGAAGGCCGCCCCCGCAGCGCCAGCAGCGCCCGCUGAGGACCUCACCCCGCCUGCCGUCGGCGGCGCGGACUUCUCCGCCUGGACCAAGCAGGCCGCUGAGCCCCGCUCCGAUGCCCCUGCCGCACCCGCCGAGGCCGUGAAGGAGCCCUCGGAGGAGCUGCAGCCGCCGCAGUCAUCCUACGCCGGACUGUGGGAGCUGUUCGAAGGCCUCAAGAUGGCGCAGGCCGACGAGGCCGUGGCCGAGGCCUCCAGCACCGCCAAGGAGACCGUGGACGCCAAGGAGCUCGUGACUGAGCUCGUCCCUCCCAGCAUCCCCGCCGCCGGUGCAGUGGACUACUGGACACAGCCCGCGGCCGAGGCCAGGUCGGACGAUGCAGUGGCCGAGACCACCGAGGCCGUCAAGGACGUGUCCGAGCCCGCCACCGAUCUCGUACCGCCUCCGCCCGGCCUGCCGGAGCUCUCCGAGUGGACCAAGGUGCCCGCCAAGGAGGCCGCCGCCAGAGCCGACGUUCCCGAGCCCGCCGACGCCCCAACACGAGACUCGUACUCCCCCGAGAAGCCCUCCUCGGGCGAAGCCGGGACCGACGACUUCCUUUCACUGGGCGCCUCGCCGCCCGCGUCCGACGCCGCGUCCGAGUUCGCCAAGGACCAGAAGGACAAGGACUCGUACCUGCCCGGUGCUGGCGAACUCAGACCGCUCAGCGAAGGCCCCGUCUUCGACGACUUCCUCGCCAUCGGCGAGCCGCCCAAGGAGGACGACGCCAAGGACUCGUACGUCCCGCAGGACUCGACCGCCACCGAGAGGGACUCCUACAUGCCGCAGGAGUCGGCCGCCGCCAAGGAGGACACCGUGGAGCUGACGCCGCCGGCCGAACAGACGUCGGCGCAGAAGGACAGUAAGUCAGGUAGCGACCACCUGCAUGACCACGUGCAUGCGGACGGACUCGUACACGAACACGUUCACGACGAGGUGCACGCCACCACGCCGAGACCCUCCUCCGACGAGGGUGACCACGACCACGGUGACCACGGUGAGGAGGCGGACGACGACGACGACGAUGUGGACGGCGACGGUGUGAAAACGUCGCAGAGCCAGGACUUCCGGAAGAGACGCCACGUGUGCAAGCUGUGCGGCGGCUACGGCAGAGCCCCGGUUAUCUCAGUCACCAUUAAUAAAGGAUACGGCGGCGGCGGAGGCUACUGCGAUUCGUGUGGGCGCCCGGUGUACCAGCAGCCUCAGGUGGUGUACAAACCCGUGACGGUGUACAAGCCCGUGCCGGUGUACCAGGAGCCCUCAGGUUGCAACUACUGCAACCAGCCGCCGCCGCCACCGCCCCCCUGCCACACGUGCGGAGGGGGCGGGGGCGGGGGCUACUCGCAAUCCUUCUCGCAGUCAUCUUCGCAGUCGUCCUCGUCAAGCUUUUCGGGCGGAUGGGGCAAGAAGUGAGAGCGUCCCUGCCGCAUCCGCGUCCCCGCGCUGCUGUGCCUGUGCCCGGGGAUAUCCCAGUCAUCAAUCACCCAGUCAUCGCCAUGGUCUCAUUAAGCUCAUGUUAAUAAACUUGUACAGUUUUACUUUUAAGUGCCAAACCAAA